AUGAACGAAGAAGAGGAGCCUUCGUGGCUAUCAGGCAAAAACGAUCACUUGCACCGAAAGGCCGUGUUAUCCGAAGAAGCCUCAGAAUCAGAGCCCUUGUUAUUUGGUUCUGGUCCAAUUCCUCUGGAAGGCGAAGUGAAAACUCCAACUCCCAUGGUAGCUGAUGAUGACGAAGAAGCCCAGUCUGGUUCGAACAACAAGUAUGGAUCCCUCGGCAAUACCAAAGAGGCGUCUUCGGUAGCUAGCAGUUCCACUCGAGAUAACAGCAACAAAAAGAAGAAAUAG